UAUCAAGGUUGUUUCGUCGAUGUAUUUUAUGGGAAUUUUCUGUUCUAACACAGGCAACUCGUAACAACAGGAACACGUAGAUGCAAUUACAGUAUCAUCAUUAAUUUCCAGGAGCAGACAGGUAAACUACAUAUUACCGGCACACCAACAGACGAAUUUCUAACAGAAAUCAGUAAAAUAUAUUCCGCAAACAGUUUUGAAGUUAAAUUUGUAAAAAAUGGCGAGCAAACCAAAAAAGAGAAAACUGGCUCCAGACCCAUACAUUAUAUUAACCCAACAGUAUCUAUUGAAGUUAGCAAAAAAGAUUCCAAGCAAUUACCAUGACAUUUUGAUCUUUCUUGGGGUGAAAGACUAUACUAUUGAUCAAAUUGAACAGGACAAUAAAUCCGUUCAUCGAAAGGCUUUUAAAGGUUUGCUAGAAUGGCAGAGACAGUUUAAGUGUGAUGAAAACGAAAUGAUACAGCGGCUGAAAAAAGCACUAGCUGAUGUUGACAGGAACGAUUUAUGUCAAGAACUAGACGAUCAUGCACAAUAUAAGGAUAGAGAGUUUGAAAACAAUAAUUAUUCGCCGGAGGGAGAAGUUACAGAUGAACGGAAUGAUGGAGAAAAAGUAAAUGGAAAUAAACGACGGAAAGCACAAAAAGAAACACAACACGGAGAUGAAGAUUUUGAAGACGAAGACGAAGACGACGACGAAGAAAAAGAAGAAGAAGAAGAAAAAGAUGAUGAUGACAAAGGCGAUAUCGAAAAUAAUGAUGAUAAUGAUAAUGACGACGACGACCACGACGACGAUGACGACGACGACGAUAACGAUGAUAAUAAUGAUGACGAUGAUGGAGACGAUGAUGAUGAUGAUGAUGAUGAUGAUGAUGAUGAUGAUGAUGAUGAUGAUGAUGAUGAUGAUGAUGAUGAUGAUGAUGAUGAUGAUGAUGAUGAUGAUGAUGAUGAUGAUGAUAAUGAUGACGAUGAUGAAGACGAUAAUGAUGAUGAUGAUGAUGAUGAUGAUAAGUAUUUUCCUGUAGACAAAUGUAUCGUAGCUGGUGUCAAAAGAAAUGACACAUGUUCUUCAUUAUCGGAAAUCAGUCCAUCAAAGUAUAUUGUGAAAAGCAGCAUACUUCUAAAGGUUGAAAGUAAAGCAGCAUUGGUAACUUAUCGCAGGAAGAAGAUGUCAAAAUACCGCCUAGACUUGAUUCUGAGCGAUGGCGUAACGUUCAUAAAGGGUGUUGCAUUCGAACAUAAUGCUCAAACAAUUAAAGACAAAUUAUCCGUUGGUAAGGUGUACAAAAUUUCUAAAUAUAAAGUCAAGCAGGCUAAUGUAGUACCAUCAUACAUGGAACUUACCUUGUUUGACAAUUCAAAGAUAUCUUUGCAAGAUAACAAUAAAAUCACGGACAUUCAAGUGAAGGAAUUAUCAAUCAAUGAUGUAAAACAACUCAAACCUAUCAAUCAGUUAGUAUAUUUAAGUAAAGCAGUUAUCAUUGCAGUCUCAGAAAUUCAGAAGAAAAAACGAAAAUACCUUAGAACAGUACAGCUAAAAGACUACACAGAAAAAGUCAUGUUAAAGAUUUGGUAUGAGGAGGAGGAAAAAAACGUUAAGUUUGAAUAUAAAUCAGGAGAUGUAGUCAAAGCAACGUUUGUAAAAGUUGGUGCGUUCGGAAAUGAAAUUCAUCUUACUUUGGUGAGCACAACAGAAUUGGUUAAACAGGAAGAUAAAAGAAUGGUGAAGAAACUUCUUAAGGGCGAAAAUUUGAAUAUAUUUACAAACAGAACUAUGUCAAUCAAAGAAAUCAAAGAACUUAAAUACAGCCAGGAAACAGUUACUGUCGUGGGAGUUGAAUUGGUGAGUUUUAGGAAAGAACAGGAGUAUGAUUUAGUCUAUGAUACUUGCAGCAUCGUUCCAUCACAUGGCAAGCUUAUUCCAAAAGCUUGCAAACUGUACUGCAAAAAAUGCGUAAAGUUUGUGAGUGGAAAAAAGAUGGUGCAACUUAAUGCUGAAGUAGUAGAUGAUUCUGCAAAAAGUGAAUGGGUGGCAAUCUUCAACCAAUGUUCGAAGGAAAUCUUAGAAGGACAAUAUGCUAGUUUUAUUAAAAGUAGUCAUUUUGAAAGAGUACAGAUUUUGAAGAAUAUAGAAGAGGAUGAAAAUUUAUACUAUGUAUUCGAAGUUACUGUUAAGAAGGGAAAAUUCACUAAUAUCACAGCAAAGAGUAUUACAAAAAUAAAAUGACUAUUUCUAUCGACUACUUGACAAGAUAUAUUGCAAACACAUUUUUCUUAUAACAUACGUGUUUUAGAUACCUUGUACCAGGGUUAUGUAAAAGAAUUUCUCGUUUUUUUUUCUAAACAAGUUCAUCGGAAAAUAUCAAGACCUUGUUGAUAUAUAUUCUAUAUCAACUUCACAAAUAAUACAUGAUGGGUUUGAACUAUAGAUUCUAAGUACUUACGUUGUUUAUCAACUUAAUUACGUGUUCUUUUAUUUUAUUCGUAAAUUUUUACUUUUACUGUUUAUUCUUUUUAUUUUGUAAUAACUAUUUGACGAGGCUCGGUACUAAUACAUCCCGUUUUUGUUUUAUUCUGCUAUGGUAAAUUUGUGUAUUCUUGUCCUUCGUUUUUUCUUAUGCGCUUUGUUUAUAUGCUUUUUUGUUUUUUCUAGGUUGACAUAUGUGUUUGAAAUUAUAGUGAUUAAGAUUAUAAAACAAUGUUGACUGUUGUGCCUCAUUUUUUGACAAACUUACCCUAUGUGUCUCUUUGUUGUAUUCACACAUUAUUGUCAAUAUAAAGGAAUUUCAUGCAAUUGUCAUACAAGUGAUAGGUUCAGCUAGCUAUAAAACCAGGUUUUAUCCAUCAUUUUCUUGAAUAUGACAGUUGUUUUUUAUUCCUCUGGUGUGUUUGAGGUAUUUAAUUUGCCAUUUGAUAAGGGACUUUACAGUUUAAAUUUUUGUUCGGAGUUCAUUUUUUUUGGUUAUUUUACUUUUUGUAUGACAACAUUAUUUCUUUAUGAUUUCUAUUUGAAUAAAGAUAUUGAAAUAA